UUGAGACUGCGCAAUAUCAUCAUGGGGAGUUAACGUCAGGCGAGCUGAUGUUACCGUCAGUUUUGUUUUAGAUAUUUAGUGAAUUUCUGGUUUUCUAUGUCUCACAUUCAGCCGCUGUAGAAGCCCCUGACCUUGGAAGCUAUGCGACGAAGUAAGGCUGACGUGGACUGUUACGUUUCCUCAGUACAGAGUUCCUCUCCCUCACUCAAAGAGAAGCCAGUCAAAGGGUUUUUAUUUGCUAAAUUGUACUUUGAAGCAAAGGAAUAUGAUCUUGCAAAAAGGCAUGUGUCAGACUAUCUUAAGGUCCAGGAGAGGGAUCCCAAAGCACAUAAGUUCCUUGGACAGCUCUACGAGAGAGAGGGAGACAUCAACAAAGCAGUUGGAUGUUACAAGCGGUCGGUGGAUUUGAACCCAGCCCAGAAAGACCUGGUGCUGAAGGUUGCAGAGCUGCUUGUCAGUAAGCAGGAGUGUGACAGCAGGGCAGAGUUUUGGGUGGAGAAAGCUGCAAAGUUGCUACCAGGAAACCCGGCGGUUUUCAACCUUAAGGAGCGCCUGUUGAGUCGUCAGGGUCAGCAGGGUUGGAACCGGUUGUUCGACCUCCUUCAGACCGAGCUGGCAGCGCGGCCGGCUGACGCCCACGUGAACGUGAAGUUGGUUCAGCUGUUCCGUCAGGAUGGCCGGCUGGAAGAGGCUGUUAAACACUGCCUGGCUGCUGAGAAAAGAGCCAUGCUGCGCAACAGUCUGGACUGGUACACUGAGGUGGUGCGCACACUGAAGGAGUACCUGGCUCAGCCCAGCAUCUUGAACAAUGAGAAGAUGAGUCGAUGUAUUCAGAGAGAGCUGUUGUUGGCCCACUGCAGCCUGCUGAGAAUCACACUAUCUGAAAGCAGCGUGCAGCCAAGUCUAGAUGCACUUAGAGAGUUUGACCAAGCUAUGGAGGCACUGAGCAGCAUUGCAGGCCACAGUCCGGACGAGCUCCUUGAGGUGUUUGUGGAGAUGAGAGGGCACCUCUACCUGCAUGCAGGCACGCUGCUGCUUAAGCUGGUUCAGGAUCGCCAACAAACCUGGAGGGCUGUUCGUGACCUGGCUGCACUUUGCUACCUACUGGCAUAUCAGGUCCCCAGACCAAAGCCAAAAGUGACCAAAAGAGAUCAGACAGCCCCACAGCUUCUGGAGCUGCUGGCGAAUGACCGACAGAGCCAGGCCGGCCACAUGUUGUUCAAUCUGAGCACAGAUUCAUCUGCCUUGAUCAGAGAGGUUGUGGAGGCUAUUGGGAACCGGAGUGGUCAGGACUCCCUGUUUGACCUCCUGCGGGGUCCGCAGGCCUCUGCUGGAUUGUCUUUUAUCGCCAAUGAUGACAUUCAUUCCCUUACUGCUAUGGCUCCAGAGCUCUCUCAGCUGGCCAAAUGGGACACUGGCUCCAUCUUGCUCCACAGUGGUCAGUUGCAACAUCUGAGCUGGUUGGGACUCCAGUGGAACCUUCUGGACCAAAGACCACCGCUGCGGGAAUGGCUACAGCAGCUCUUUCCUCGGCUUACGCUGGAAACCUCUAAACUAGAUACCAAUGCGCCAGAGUCAAUCUGCCUGCUGGACCUAGAGGUGUUUCUAUAUGGUGUGGUGUUCUGUAGCCACUGUCAGCUUCAGGAGAUAGCAAAGAUCAACGCUGGAGUCAAUCAGUCACACCAACAACAGCUCUUUGAGCCUCGUUGCCUCCCUCUUCCUCUCCUCCGCCUCUUGACCACUGACAGACAGAGGGAGUGGUGGGAUGCCCUCUACAGCCUCAUUCACAAGCGAGCAGUACUUGGUGUGUCAGGAAAGCUACGAAUGAUUGUGCAGCAUGGGCUAAGCACAUUGAGAGCUGGAGAAAAACAUGGGCUUCAACCAGCGCUGGUCAUCCACUGGGCUCAGUGUCUUAGCCAGACGGGGGAUGGGGUGAACUCCUACUAUGACCAGAAGGAGUACAUUGGCCGAAGUGUCCACUACUGGAAAGUUGCCCUUCCACUGCUGGAGAAGAUCAAAAACAGACGCAGUAUACCAGAACCUCUUGACCCUCUCUUUAUACACUUUCCCUCCAAAGAUAUUCAGAUUUCUUCUGUGAAAGGUUAUGAAGAGGAAGCAAGGAUAGCAUAUGCAGUUCUUCUUGACAUUGAAGGGAAAACAGAGGAGGCCAUUUCUACCUUGGAAAGCAUCAAUAACAUGUCUUCCAUCUGGCAUUUAGCUCAAAUCUAUCAGCGGCUGUCAGAAGAGGCUAGCAAUGGUGUUGAGGAGACUCAAGACAGGUGCAUGAUGUUCUUGAGAAAGUUCAGGGCAUACCUGUCAAAGAUCUACAGUGCCAAUGCAGAUGACAUUGAAAAGCUGCCUGUCUCUAUGGAGGAAGUUGUGGACCUCCUAAAUGAUGUGAACCAGCAGCUGGGGGAGAACGGGGAGGUCAUGGAUGAAGAGGAUGAGAAGGAAGAGGGGGGCCUAAGAGGACCAGCCCACUCCAGUCCUGUUCAUCUCGGCGAAACUAGUGCAACCAUAUCCCAUAUUAAGUUCUCCACUCCCUCUCCAAACAAAAGCAUUGUUUCUCCUUCAAAAAGACUGAUUUCUCCCAAAACACAACCUCAUUGGGUGGAGGACCAGAAGAGUCUCCUUCAGAUGUUGUGUCAGCAAGUAGAAGCCCUUAAGAAUGAGGUUCAUGAUCUAAGACACAACUCGUCAGGCUCUACAGUUUCUCCUCACCAUAAAAUGUAUGGCGAGACUUACGGGGCGGAGGGCCUGCAGGAACCAUUUACCCCGGUUCAGUCCUAUCAUGGAGCCCCCCUAACAGUUUCCACCACAGGCCCCUCUGUGUACUACAAUCAGUCACAAGCUUACAACUCUCAGCAUCUCUUGCGCACAGCAGCAAAUGUAACCCCCACCAAGACCCCAAUGUAUGGCGUAAACCGCAUGCCACCUCAGCAGCAUAUGUAUGCCUACCAGCAGCCCACGCAUACACCUCCACUGCAGACAGCCCCAGCCUGCAUCUACCCUCCUCAAGAACAAGUCUUUGGUGCACCUCUGCGGUUUGAAUCACCAGCCACAAGUCUUCUUUCACCCUAUGGUGAAGAUUAUUAUGGCCAGAGUGUUACCCAACAAGCCAGUAACCCUACCUUACCUGAACCUGGCUAUUUCACCAAGCCACCUGUAGUCCCUGUGCAACAACCAAAGAACAUUGAGGGAAAGCCCAUGGACUUUGGAAAGCUCUCCUUCAGCCAGCAGGCACCCGCUGAAGUCCCCAGAGUGCCUAGUUUUGGUACAGGUGUAACUGCCCAGUCAACACCUUCACCUGCUUUUAAAUUCAACUCCAAUUUUAAAUCCAAUGAUGGUGAUUUUACAUUCUCAGCUUCUCAAAAUAAGCACAGUGAAAGUUUGCUUGGCCUUCUCACAUCAGACAUUCCCAGUAAAACAGACACCGUUCCAGAGAAACCACAAACUCAGGAGCAGCCCACCACCCAAACGGGCAUCUUCACCUUUGGAAACAAAAAUGUUACCAGCUUUUCAUUUGUUGAUUCUGCACAGAGCACAGCCACUGGAGGCCUGUUUGGGAAGGUGGAUCAACCAUUUCAAUUUGGGGACAUGUCCAAGCCAGUGUUUGGAAUGUCAAAGCCUACAGCAGAGCAGGAACGGGCAGUGGAGAGUGACAAUGAUAGUACUCAUGCUGAGGAGGAUGAAGAUGGGCCUCACUUUGAACCUAUUGUCCCUCUUCCCGAUAAGGUAGAUGUGAAAACGGGUGAGGAAGAAGAGGAAGAGAUUUUCUGCACCAGGGCAAAGUUGUAUCGAUUUGACACAGAGACAAAAGAGUGGAAGGAACGGGGCAUUGGCAAUGUUAAAAUUUUAAAACACAGCACUAAAGGCAAGGUCCGCCUCUUAAUGAGAAGGGAACAGGUCCUUAAGAUCUGUGCAAAUCACUACAUAAUGCCUGAUAUGUUGCUGAAACCAAAUGCCGGCUCUGAUAAAUCUUGGGUAUGGAAUGCUAUUGAUUAUGCAGAUGAGGAGCCUAAACCUGAACAGCUGGCCAUCCGUUUCAAAACUGUAGACGAGGCAGCACUUUUCAAAGCCAAGUUUGAGGAAGCCCAGAAGACUGUACUCAAAUCACCUGACAAGACAAAUCAACAGGAAAGGAAAGAAAAAACCGUGAAAGAUUCUGAAUCGAUUGCAGCCCAGUUUGCACUGAAAGAAGGAGAAUGGGAAUGCUCUGUGUGCUGUGUAAGAAAUAAACCCACAGAUGUACGUUGUGUAUCCUGUCAAAGCCCUAAUCCCAACGCCUCUUCAAAGCCAGAUAUUCAGGCUGCUGGGGAAGUUAAACCUAGUUCUUUUACAUUCAAAUUUGGCACUGAUUCAGCAAAACCAAGUAGUUCUGGCUCCACAUUUACUGGAUUUGGUGGUUUUGGAUCUUCUGUAGCCUCUUCAUUCACAUUCGGUCUCAGCUCAUCAAAACCUGCAGACACUGGUUCCAAUACAUUUGGUGGCUUUGGAGCCGUACUUGCCAGCAAACCAGGGCAGUGGGACUGUGAAUCAUGCUCUAUAAAAAAUGAGGCCAAUGUAGACAGUUGUGUUUCUUGCAAAGCUCUUAAACCCUCGGCUAAAACAGCUGCUGCAGCACAAGCUGCACCAGCUGCUGGUGCACCUGCAGCACAACCCAUUCUGUCCAGUGUUGACUCUGCUGGGGUUGCUGCCAAGUUUAGUAAGAAGCCUGGACAGUGGGAUUGUGAUGUGUGUGAAGUAAGAAAUGAAGCCUCUGCUGGUAAAUGUGUAUCCUGUGGAAGUCCAAACCCUGCUGCUAAGCCAACAGAGGGGGCUUCAUUAGCAUCAAAUCUUCCAGCGGUGUCGGGACCACAAGCUGAUUUUCCAAAGAAAGAUGGGCAGUGGGAUUGCAAUGCCUGUCUGGUCAGAAAUGAUGCAUCAGCUACUGAAUGUGUUUCCUGCAAAGCUCCAAAUGAGAAUGCAUCUUUAGCAGCUAGAUUUGGUAAGAAGGAUGGAGAAUGGGACUGCGACACUUGUCUUGUGAGAAAUGAAGCCUCUGCUGAUAAAUGUGUGUCCUGUCAGACCCUAAAUCCUAGCGCUAAAAGCACAAGCAGCACUAGUUCCUCAUCGUCCUCCUCAAAAUUUACCUUUGGAACAAAGAGUUCGUCAAGUCAGCCUGCUGGAACUGGAUUUACAAUACCUUUUGUAAGUGGGGGCACCUUUCAGUUUGGUCAGAGCAAAGAUAAAAGCUCACCUGCUUCUUUCAAAUUUGAAGCUCCCAGACUGGAUCUAGUACAAUCAGUUCGUCAAGCUUCUCUUUUUCAAUGCCCAUUGGGCCUGGUGGCUUCAAGUUUGGUGUUCAAGACCCUCCAAAAGAAUCCCCUUCAAAUGAUAAUCAGACUCAAUCUGGCAGCCUCCAGUAUGCUCAAAAGUAUAGCUGACAAGCACAAGGAGAAAGAAACUGUUUCUACACCCUCAGUAGAGCAAACGGAGGAAGAACAAAAUCCAUUAAUAUCUGGAAAAACAAAUGCGUUCAGUUUUGCAGACUUGGCUAAAUCUGCUGGAGGAAACUUUCAGUUUGGCACGAAAGAUCCAGAAUUCAAAGGUUUCUCUGGAGCAGGUGAGCAGUUGUUCACAUCAUUCCAAGCAACCCCCACCAAGACAGAAGCCUCAAAUGAACUGGAGGAUGAUGAUAUGUAUAAAACAGAGGAAAAUGAUGAUAUCCAGUUUGAACCAGUGAUCCAGAUGCCUGAGAAAGUGGACCUGGUAACUGGGGAGGAGGAUGAACAGGUUCUUUACUCUCAGCGUGUCAAACUGUUUAGAUUUGAUGUGGGUACCAGUCAAUGGAAAGAGCGUGGUGUGGGAGUUCUCAAAUUCCUGAAAAACACUACAAAUGGUCGGCUAAGGGUGCUGAUGAGAAGGGAACAAGUUCUCAAGGUUUGUGCCAACCACUGGAUCACCACCACCAUGAACCUUAAACCCCUGGCAGGCUCAGACAAAGCCUGGAUGUGGUUGGCCAAUGACUUCUCUGAUGGAGAUGCUAAACUCGAACAGUUAGCUGCCAAGUUUAAAAGCCCUGAGCUUGCUCAUGAGUUUAAGGAAAAGUUUGAAGAGUGUCAGAGACUUCUCUUGGACAUCCCUUUACAAACCCCCCACAAGCUGGUUGACACAGGUAGAACAGCACACCUCAUUCAGAAGGCAGAGGAAAUGAAGUCUGGUUUGAAAGACCUGAAAUCAUUUUUGACUGAUGAGAAAACAAAGAUAAAAGACAAUGACACACAGGGAGACAAUGCAACAGCUGGUGACAUUUCAAGCCUUGUAAUCAAGCCCCAAGGUGACACCACCGGCCCUACCUUGGAGUGGGACAACUACGACCUCAGAGAAGACGCUUUAGAUGACACGGCUGACUCGUCCGUGUAUGCCUCCCCUCUUGCCAGCAGCCCCCUGAGAAAGAACCUAUUCCGCUUCGGGGAAUCUACUGGUGGGUUCAGCUUUAGCUUCCAACCUGGCAUCAGCCCCUCAAAGUCUCCUGCUAAGCUCAACCAGAGCAGAGCUUCAGUGGGUACUGAUGACGAGCAGGAUGUCACCCAGGAUGAAGAGCGGGACGGCCAGUACUUUGAACCUGUGGUCCCCUUGCCAGAUUUGGUGGAGACUUCUACAGGAGAGGAAAAUGAGCAGGUGGUCUUCAGUCACAGAGCCAAACUAUAUCGCUAUGAUAAAGACUCAAAACAGUGGAAGGAGAGAGGAAUUGGAGACCUCAAGAUCUUGCAGAAUUAUGACAACAAACAAGCGAGGUUGGUAAUGAGAAGAGAUCAGGUGCUGAAGAUCUGUGCCAACCACUGCAUUAGUCCAAUCAUGAAGCUGGAACCUAUGAAGGGUGCAGAGAAGGCCUGGGUCUGGAGUGCUAUGGACUUUGCUGAGGAAGGAGAGGGCAAGCUUGAGCAGCUGGCUGUGAGAUUCAAGCUGCAAGAAACUGCAAAUACAUUCAAACAAGUCUUUGAGGAAGCCAAGGAUGCUCAGGGAAAAAAAGAACUCAUGACUCCAGUGACAUCUAGAGUGGUUGCACCACAAGACAGUGGAACACCAGGAUCUGCAAAGACCACUCCAGCUGUAUGUGGCAAAGCAGCCAUUGCCGUUCUUGAAGAGACGACUAAGGAAUGUACUGAGCUUCCUACAGACACUGGAUCAAGUGCAUCUGCGUCACAGAGUCCUGUCAAUCCCGGAAAGACUGUGGUGUCUCCCCCAAAGUUUGUUUUUGGCACUGAUACCCUCCAGAAGAUUUUUGGCACUCCUAAAUCUCAUUCUGAACCUGAGCAAUCUACAGCAUCUGGUUUGAAAGCCAACGACUCUGGUUAUUCUGCCAGGACUUCACUUCAAGUUCCUGCAUUCAAAAUCCCAGAGAAAGGAUCCCCUCAGGCAGAGGGAAGCAGUGCUAGGUCUGAUGAGGACUCGGAGGUGGAGAUUGUGUACGUCAGGGAACCCACAGCUGAGCAGGCAGCUUUAGCUAGGAAGCUCCAGCUGCCCAUCACCUUCUUCUGCUACAAGAAUGAACCAGGCUACAUCAGUGAUGACCAAACUGACGAUGAAGACUACGAAUCAGCAGUGAAGGCCUUGAAUGGAAAGCUCUACCCUGAUCCUCCUGAGAGAAAGGCUGCAGCAUGUGGUGAUGAGUCAGACUGUCAGGUGGUGUGGGAGAAGAAGCCAACACCAGAGGAGGAGAAAAAAGCCAAAAGCCUCCAGCUUCCACCCACCUUCUUCUGUGGCCUGAGCACCACGGACAGCGACCCGGACCAGGAUAAGCCUGAGGACUUUGAGACAGAAGUCCGCAAAGUACAUGAAGUCCUGGUUGCUCAGUUAGACAAAUCUAACGAAGCCUCCAGCAGUCCUGCUGUGACCCCUGAAAUGCCAGCAUCAGGACCAUCAUCCAGCAGAGCAGAGGCUGCUGACAGCACAUCUACAGCAGACAAACAGACCACAGCAACUCCUAGCAGGAGCUCUCCCAUUGACCUCUCAACUAAGAAGAGUGUCGAGCUGGAGUCCAACACUGAGACUAAACCUGCAUCUUUGACUGCUACAACAAGUCGAGACAUCUCCACCUUUGGCUUUAAUGCAUCUGGCUUUUCUUUUGCUGAGUUGGCCAAAAAUACAGAUGGAUUUGCAUUUGGAUCAAAAGAUUCUAAUUUCUCAUGGGCAAAUGCUGGAGCAACAGUGUUUGGAUCUGCAGUGACCUCUCAGCCUAAAACCAAUGGUGAUGAGGAGGGAAGUGAUGAAGAAGAAGCUCCUAAAAAUGUGGACAUUCACUUUGAGCCCAUAGUAUCUCUGCCUGAGGUGGAGACAAAGUCUGGAGAGGAGGACGAGGAGAUCCUGUUCAAGGAGCGCGCCAAACUGUAUCGAUGGGACCGGGAUAUCGGCCAGUGGAAGGAGCGCGGCAUCGGUGACAUCAAGAUCCUCUUCCACCCAACCAAACAUUUCUACCGAAUCCUGAUGAGAAGAGAACAGGUGCUGCGGGUUUGCGCCAACCACAAGAUCUCGCAGGCGAUGGAGCUCAAACCCAUGAACACCUCAGCGAACGCACUGAUCUGGACUGCCACUGAUUACUCAGAUGGCGAAGGUGUGAUUGAGCAGCUGGCGGCCAAGUUCAAAACCCCUGAAAUAGCCGAAUCCUUCAAAAAGACCUUCUGCGAGUGUCAGAACCGGAUGGGCCAAAUUGAUGGUGAUGCCUCGUCUCUGUGCUCGCCACAGAUGUCCAGAAUUCAGGAGCACUCCAGAGACACUAACCCACAGGUGUUCCUCAAGCUGGCAGCUGAUGGCCAACCUCUGGGCACAAUCACUGUAGAGCUGUUCUCACAUAUUGUACCCAAAACUGCAGAGAACUUCAGAGCUCUCUGCACUGGUGAGAAAGGCUUUGGGCUGCAGGACUCCAUCUUCCACAGGAUCAUACCAGAUUUCAUGUGUCAGGGUGGUGACAUCACCAAGAAUAACGGCACAGGAGGCAAGUCCAUUUACGGCAACAAUUUUGAGGAUGAGAACUUUGAUGUCCGGCACACAGGCCCGGGCAUCCUGUCGAUGGCAAAUCGCGGGCGCGACACCAACAACUCGCAGUUCUUCAUAACCCUGAAGAAAGCCGAACACCUGGACUUCAAACAUGUGGCUUUUGGCUGGGUUCGGGAUGGCAUGGAUGUGGUGCAGCAGAUGGGAGAGCUGGGCUCAAAGGCAGGCACUCCCACAAAGAAGAUCAUCAUCACAGACUGCGGACAGCUGUAGCAUUUUAAUGUUAAGAUGAAGCUUUACGGCUUGGUGUAGGUUAUUAAGUUAAGAUCAGCUGAGACUCUGGAUGAGAGCAGUGUGUACCCUGUGCAGUACUUACAUUCCUGCUAAAACUGAAUCUUUAGUCACGAGGCGCCGAUCACAGGGCUGCUGGUUAAGUCGUUCAUCACAGAAACUUGUCCACAGUAGCCUUGAAUUAGAUAUUCUUUCACUGUCCUGACAUUUUCACAAAACAGAAGCGAGUUGGUAAAGGAGUGGAGGCUUUUGGAACAGAUGUUGUAAACUUUUGCACUUGCGUCUUUAUCAUCUGUCAAUAAAUUCUCAUGUGUAUUUUGUGUGUAUAAAUGUACAUGGACUAUUUUUUUUUUCUAAAUGUUUGUUCCUCCUUUUUGUCUUGCAUGUGCUCUGUUUCAAUGCAGUUGUUCCCUCCAUGAGCUCCACUCUGGUAAUUUUUUUUUUCCCCUUUUUGAACAAGUCUUAAGCCACUGCUCCCCUGCCUUUUCCUCCAAAUGCUGCCUCUAUGUACUUUUAACUGUUGGGCGCCCACAGGAUUUUUUUCUGUUUCAAUGGAUUCCACAAUGCAGGUAAUUGGACUUCACAUUUGCCCAUGCAACCUGAAGUAAUCUCACUUUGUGGUGGCUCAAUGAUAAUCUGGUUUGAAUUUUACAAAGGGGAUCCAUUUCAUGUAUAGUUUGAGAUAAAUAAAGGCUGAAAUGGUGCCACUUGUACCAAAAUAUGCUUAUUAUUAAACAAUAAAGUUGCUUUACGAAUAAUC